CUGACGCGACAAAACAAUCGACUAGAAAAACAAGUCCUAGCGUUUAAUCACCAUGAGUGAAAAAUGAACUGAGACACCUCAUUUGUUCAUCAGCAAGUGAUCUUAUUUGUCUAUUUGAGAGGAUCUAAAAAUAAAAUAACACGAAGGCCAGGGAAAUAUGAAAUUGACGGAGCACACUCGCACAAAAAUAAUCUGCACAAUCGGACCGAAAUGUAAUUCUGAAAAGGCGUUGAAAGAAUUGAAGAUGAGCGGCAUGGAUAUAGCACGGAUUAACAUGAGCCACGGGUUGUACGACGAGGUCCAGUUAACGGUCAACAACAUAGUAAAAAUACGGGGAGAUGAUACUUUUCCCUUGCUCGCGUUCGAUACACGAGGACCAGAAAUACGUGUGAAAAUUGAAAAGCCGAUCGAGAUCAAAGAGGGCGAGCGAGUCGUUCUUUCAGGAUUGAAUGGAAACGGAAAGAUUAAAAUUAAUUUGGACAGGCUCGACAAAAUUAAAAAAGGAAUGGAUGUGCUGGUAGAUGACGGUAAUCUGAGAAUGGUGGUUGAUCGGGAUGGCGAUGAAGUGGUGUGUGUGGCUGCAAACAGUUACAUAGUGAAACCUGGCAAGGCAAUGAACAUCCCCGAUAUGAAAAUGGACGAGGGCGUGCCAACCGAAAAGGAUAAAAAUGAUAUUUUUCUGGGAUUGAAAAACAAAGUGGACUACGUUUUCUUAUCAUUCAUAAGCAACGCAGCAGAAAUUCGUAAGGUUAGGGAUUUUAUUCGCGAUAUGAACGGGCAUAUGCCUGUGUUGAUUGCCAAAAUCGAGAACAAGGAAGCGAUCAGAAAUAUCAACGAAAUAAUCAAGGAAGCGGACGGUAUUAUGGUGGCGAGAGGAGAUCUUGCGGUGGAGAUCGGGAUGGGACACUGUUUUAGUGCACAAAAAAUGAUUACGAAAAAGUGUCUACUCAUGAAGAAGCCGUUCAUAAUGGCGACACAGAUGCUUGAAAGUAUGACGGAAGCGAGCACACCAACACGUGCUGAAGUGAGCGAUGUGGGCAACGCUGUGCUUGAUAGUUGCGACUGCGUCAUGCUGAGCGGUGAAACCGCAACGGGACGACAUCCUGCCCACGUAGUGAGAACCAUGAAGACCAUAGUGAGGGAUGCUGAGUUCUUUAAGUACGGUGAACGGAAGGAGAAGUCACGAGCGAUGCUGAUAUUCAUGCAUCACUAUAGUGAUCACGUGGUUGAGCUGAAGUAUUCUUACAAAGCACCAGUGGUCAUUAUCAGCAAGGAUGAGUACGUUCUGCGGCAGGUUGGUCACCAUGCCGGUUUCUUUUGUUUCAGAAUGAAGAGCGAUGAACACUACGAGCAGACGAUAAAGCGGGUGAAAAAAUCGUAUGGAAUCGAUGAGUAUGAGUGGAUCAUCGUAGGAGAUGAAAGAAAUAACGUAAAUUAAAUACUUCGCAGUUUAGGAA